AUGUUGCUUCGACAAUCUACCCGUCUCUCCACACGCCUAGCAGCUCCCAUCCGGAACGCGUCCGGCUCUCGGACAUGGAGCUCCACGGCCUCCAAACUCAAUUCCGAGAAGAAGAGCGCCUACCGGGAAGGGCUAUCGGCCUAUGGUGCCUUUGCCCGGCCCUUCGGCAAGGUGUUCCUGGGUGCUGUGCUCACUUACCAGAUCAUCUAUUGGUCGUGGAUGAAGCUUGAGACGGACGAUGUCAAGCUCCAGAAAAACGAGCAACUGUCCGGGCUAGAGAAAAAGGCGCGCGAGCUAGCAGGUGCGCAGAAAUAA